GAGCGUCUUCUACUUUCUUUACUGCCUGCUCACAUUGCCAUGGAAAUGAAAGCAGAGAUCAUUCAGAGGUUACAAGGUCCUAAGGCAGGCCAGCUGGAAAACACCAACAACUUCCACAAUUUGUAUGUCAAAAGGCACACCAAUGUAAGCAUCUUGUAUGCUGAUAUCGUGGGAUUCACUCGCCUGGCCAGUGACUGCUCGCCAGGAGAACUGGUGCACAUGCUAAAUGAGCUGUUUGGCAAGUUUGAUCAGAUUGCAAAGGAAAACGAAUGUAUGAGAAUUAAAAUCCUAGGUGACUGCUAUUAUUGUGUUUCUGGGCUACCUAUAUCUCUUCAAAAUCAUGCCAAGAAUUGUGUGAAAAUGGGACUGGACAUGUGUGAAGCCAUUAA